UUACACCCAAUUCUGGGCGGAUUACAGAGCAGUUUGUGUUCCGGUUAGGACAGACGUGGGAAUCAUUGUUUCGCGUUAAAAUUGAAUAAAAUUGAGACAUAAUGAUGCUGUCACUGUGCUGCCUCCUAUUUUCUUUACUAUUUCCUCAGUUUGAGACAUUCACUUUAACCUGUGACCGGUAUAUCGAUUCAGAGAUUGGUAAAGCUGUCACUCUCAAAUGUUCCUUUGAGAGCCGUUCCAACAGUAACCCGGUUGUGAUCUGGGAGAAGGUAGGCGAAAAACAAACCAUCCACGAAUACAGGGAUAAUCAAGAUGACUUAAGUGAACAGCACAAGAACUACACCAAGAGAACUGCAGUUGCAGGCAAUGCCGUCAACAGAGGAGAUGCAUCUCUUACUCUGAAGAAUGUUAAUGUUUGGGAUGAAGGAACAUACAAGUGCUAUGUCAGCACCAACCAUGGAUUUGAUGAUGAAACAAUUGAGCUGUUUGUAUGGGCAAAGGGUACUGGAGAUAUGCACAUCUUCUGGGAAACUAAUGGUGAUAAUAAUGACGUGCUGACUUGCAAAUAUUCAGGUUUGUACCCAGUACCAAAGAUUAGCUGGAAAGACACACAUGGCAAUGAUUUGAACAGCAUUAGUGAAACACUCCUGUCCAGAGAUGAAAAUGGAUUAUACCAUGUGGAACAUUACCUGAAGAGAGAGAGUGAUGCCAAAAAUCAAUAUGUCUGCUUCGUACAGCACAAGUGGAUGGCAAAGUCCAAGGCUGCUCGAGCUGUAUUCACAAAUGGGCAUAACAUGAUUCGUCUCGAUGAUGGAGAACCUUCUCCUGAUUUAUAAGUCAAAGGGCAUUUUACCAUUGAUGCUCUUCUAUUCUUAAAUGACUUGCAAAGCUUUUCCAAACACAGGAUACAGUAUACUGAGCAUCGUGAGCUAAUAUGUGCUGUCAGAAAACAUAAGAGUUAAAAGCAGGAAUAUGCAGUUCUUCCUUUCUAGCCUGCUCUGCCAUUUAGUAUGACCAGGGGUGAUCUCAACUCAGCCUCAAUAUUCUGUCCAUGUCCCAUAAGCCUUAAACCUGUUACUAAUUAAAAAUCAGUCUGUCUCAUUUUUCAAUUUAUUCAGUUUCCAGACAUUCCCAGGCUGAGGUAAAACUGAGAUGCGGAGAAACUACUUCUCUCAGUGAAUCUGUGGAACCCACUGCCCCAGAGUGUAUUCGAUGCAGAAUCAAUCAAUCGAUUGAGGAAAGAAAUUGAUAUGUUAGAACAUA